AUGUGCAAACAUAUACUUAAUGCUCAAGUCUCUAUUAGAGCGAUAUGUUGUAAGAGAUGGUUUGAUUGCCCAGAGUGUCAUAAGGAACAAACAGAUCAUCCACUAAAGAGAACAGAAGAGAUUACAUUGGCGUGCAAGAAGUGCAAGAAGGUGUUUAGAAAGAAUACAGCUGAGGAGAUGGAUGAGGCAGAUGAGUUCUGUCCACAUUGUGGU